AUGACAACUGACGUGGAAACCGAAUGGCAGCUCCUUAACAGCGGCAUACUCGAGGCUGCCGCCGAAUGCUGCGGAUUUAAACGGGUUGUCCUGCCGCCUGGAGAUCAGAAAAGAUCUUCAUGGUGGACAAGAGAGGUACAACUGGCAGUUAAAGACAAGAAAGCAGCGUUCAAGAAAUGGCUUGGAAACACAGAGCCUUCUACUCACGUACGAUAUGUCGAGGCACGCAAGGCGGCAGCCAAAGCAGUGGCAAAAGCCAAAGAAGAGAAGAUCGGUGAGGUGUUGGAGUCGAAUUUCCACACGGCAAACAAAGUAUUCUGA